ACGAUGUACGCGAUACUCGUUCCAACGACGACGAUGCAGACGAUGUACGCGAUACUCGUUCCAACGACGACGAUGCAGACGAUGUACGCGAUACUCGUUCCAACGACGACGAUGCAGAUGAUGUACGCGAUACUCGUUCCAACGACGACGAUGCGGAUGAUGUACGCGAUACCAUCUACGACAACGACGGUGCAGAUGAUGUACGCGAUACCAAUUACAACGAUAUAGAAGAAGAACCUGAUAAGCAUUCUGAAGAUGAUGCAUACAUGUUCAAUAAUAAUAUAGAUGAGUUUGUUGAUAAUAGAUCAAAUAAUAAUCAUGAAACUGAAUACAACGAAUUUGGUAAUGACAACGAUGACGAUGACGAUAUUAAUAAUGAGAUAUCACGGCAUUAUGGUAAUAAUGAUAAUAAAGAAGAGGCCGAGAUAGACGAAUUUGAUGGAGGAGAUAUAUAA